AUGUCAAUAUUUCAACCAAAAGAAGAUUUAAAAUCAUUAUUUCAACCAAAUUUCUUUCCACCUAUUGAUGGUUUACGAGCAUUAGCAAGUUUAUCUAUUAUCUAUGUUCAUAUUUGUCAAAUAUUUGUUUUAUUUAUUCCAAUGUAUCCCGCUAAAGAAUGGUUUAAUUAUUUUUAUUCAAAUUCAUUUUUAUUCUGUAUGAUAUUUGUGAAUAGUUUGGAAAUAUUCUUUGUUAUAAGUGGAUUUUUAUUAACAUAUUCUAUAUUAACAAAUAAGAAUAAUAAUGAAAAUAAUUUUUUUAUUUUUAUUUUCAAACGUUUAUUACGUUAUUAUCCUGGUUUAAUAUUAAUAUUAUUCUAUAUGUAUUUAUUUGGUGAUUUAGAAUUAAAUAAUUCCAAAUCAACUAUUUCAAAUUAUAUCGUUCAUCUAUUAUUCAUAGUAAAUUAUGUUAGAUUUGAUUCGUCAUGGUUUUAUUCAUUACGUAAUAAUUGGUCAAAUUGUGUUGAUUUUCAUGUCUAUAUUAUAUUAACUUUCAUACUUCGAUUAUUAUGGAUUAAAUAUAAAUUAACAUUAAAACAAAUCAUGAAAAUUCUAAUAUGCUUAUUAUUACUAUCUGUUGUUAUUUCUUAUUAUUCAUUUGAUUCAUCAAUAGAAAUAAUGAAAGUUGGUACGAGAUCACAUCCAUUUUAUCAAACAAAUUAUGAACAAUCAAAAUCAUUAUUUGAUUUUUAUAAUUUAACAUUUCCAAUUAAUAAAUCAAAAUUUAUUGAUCAUUAUAAAUUAUCAAGUUUUGUUAAAUUUUAUAGCCCAACACAUGUUCGUUAUGGUAGUUUUAUUAGUGGUUCAAUAUUAGCUAUUAAAUUAUUAAUUAAUAAAAAUGAAAAUUUUAUUAAUGAAAAUCGAAUUAAAAAAUAUUUCUAUUGGAUUUUAUCUUUAUUUUUAUUUCUAAUAAUUAGUAUACGUCCAAAUAUGAAUCAACCCGAUCCACCCAUAAUUUUAGUUUGUUUAAUAAGACAAUUAAUAUCAAUGGCUAUUGCUUAUAUUUUAUAUACAACAUUAGUAGAUCAAAAAUCGAUUUAUUAUAAUAAAUAUUUAAAUCAAAUUUUAUCAUCAAAAUUUUUCAUACCAAUAUCAAAACUAAGUUAUUUAGUUUAUUUAAUUCAUUUACGUCUUGCAACUGAUCUUAUUAACAAUGAACCAUUAAGAAGAACAAAAAAAUAUCAUAUCGAUAUAGCAUCACCUAUUUGUUUUCCAUUUAUAUUAAUUAUAUCACAAAUAAUAGCUGUUUGUUGGUAUUGUCUUGUCGAACAACCAUUUAUUCGAUUAACAAAUAGAUUAUUCAUAAAAUCAAAGAAAAAUAAAUAA